GACUCAUUCUGAAAGUGAAAGUAAAUACUUGAACCACCGUGACAAAGGAGCUGAAGCCAGUCGGAGGAACACACACGAUCCAGAAACACCACGGCUCCACGACGGCAGAAAGUGUACGGUUAAUGAGCAUGGCCUUCCCUGUAGCCUUGUGUGUCAUUGUGCUCUCACUGUAUUUCAGUGCUGGAAAUGCUAAAACUUUUGUGAGUGUGGAAUGCGAGGCUAAAAAGGUUGGCCAAUUAGGCAAGCACACAAUGCUGCAGUGUCUUGUCCAUUACACAGUGGAGGAUGUACACAUCAUGAUUGUCACCUGGAAGAAGGAGGAAGUUGAUAAACCUGUACUAGCAUAUAAUCCAAUGGAUGGUACUACACCGGAUACUGCAAAGGAGCCAGGAUACCAGUUUGCUGUCGAGUCCUGGAAUAGCAGCAACACAAAUGUAUCUCUGCUAAUCACCGACACUGAAUUGGCCCACGCUGGAAGAUACACAUGCACAGUAAUCACCGACAGCGGUAUUUCCACUGGUUCAACCAACCUCAAAGUCACAGCCAAAUACAACACACCGACUAUCCAGAGAACAGGUUCCGCAGGUGAAAAUGGCAUUGAAUGUCGCUCAGAUGGUGGCUACCCUCAAGGUCAACUUCGCUGGUUUGUGGACAAAAUGCCAUGGCAGCAAGUCAUUGAAACGGAUGUAAAGAAAAGUCAAAGUGGCACAUAUAACCUAUCCAGCAAACUGAUUUUGCUGAAGGGCUCAACCAUCUCAAAAUACACCUGUGUAGUCUUCAAUGCAAGUGGAGAGAAAGAAAAUGAAGCUACAUUUGAAAUCCUGGACACGGAUGUACAGAGUCAAGGUUCCGAGCCAAAACAGUCACAUGCCGCAGUUGUCGCUCCAUUGGUGGUCAUCGGAUCGCUGAUUGUCGGACUGCUCUUGGUGCUGUUUCUUAGAAGAAGAUCUCGACAGGCUCGGAGGCCCUCUGCAACACCACUUAUGCAUGAACCUCAAGUUUGUCGAUGUGAAUACGAUGCUGAGCAAGGUGCUGAUCAGGAGAUGGUUGCUAAAUGUGAAGAAAAGGAACGCCUGAGUGAAUGAAAAUCUCAGAAGAAAAGGGAUUCACAAGAAUCUUCUGACGUAACCACUUCCUCGUUUGCCAGUCUCUGUAUCACUGUGCUCUUAUUGCAGACAACUGUUAAUCACGACAAAUGAUGUGUAUUAAUGUGAUUUUUCUCAGAGGGCAGUUAUAUUGAAGCCCAGUGCCUGAUCCAAAGCAAAAUCAAACAACAUAUAAAUCCAUUUGGUUGUGAUUGUUAACUCCAGUGAACCUUUGACCAACCGUCCCUGUUGGGGGAAGCACUGUCCCAAAUGGUCACUGUAAACUUUGGCAGCAGCAGACUUCCUUUUAACUGACUGUUCUUAUAUUACGUCAGCGUUAGAAGGAAAAUGCUGAAUGGUUUUAGAGGGAGUUACUGUAUAGGUGUGUGUGUGUGAUUGUGUGUUUGUCUGGAAAAAGUUUUAAACAAUGUAGCAAGUUCCUUUUUUCCUUGUUUUUCUGCAUGAGUCAAAAAAAUAGCUAACAUUUCCUGUAUGCAAGAAAAGGAAGAAGGUGGUGCAGAAAGCAAUUUUUUAUAUGUUGUUUUGGGAUUUUUUUGAGUAUAUUUUGUAUGCAAAAGAGUCAGAUUCACAAUGAUUCUAUGUAAAUAUUGCUGCUGUCUGUGGCAUUGGGGCGUAACAAAGAUUAAGGUGGAAACUCAAAUAGGAGGCACCACAGUGUAGUAAAUGUUGAACAGGUGAUGGUAACAUUGCUUUUUCUUUUAAGUCCUUAUGGCACUAGGUGGCGUUAACUCAAAACAGAAUACAGUCUUUCUGUUUGUCAAGAAACAAACACGCCACUUCCCUCUAACUGUGUGGCACACUAAUGCUUUAAUAGACUAUGGGUGAACAAGGAAUAGGAAGUGCUCUGAAUUUAAAAAAAAAAAAAAAAAAGACUGCAUGUGUACACGUCAGUCGUUUACUCGGCUAAAAAUAUGGGUCUAAAUCAGGGGUGUCAAACUU